AUGAGUGACCUACACAAGUCCUUCGCCAAGGCAAAACUGGCCCAGUUACCUUCCGAGGCCCCGUUAGCAUCGGGCAUGGAUUCUCACAACGAAGUUGACGAGGAUACCUCGUCGGCCUCGUCCACAGGCACAGUGGUGCCGUCACCGACGAGGCAGUUAUUCUCACGCCCAACACGAGAAUCCAACUCUACCACUCUUCCCUGGACCGACUUCUUCGCCCAGGAACUCUUUCUUACCCAAGAGACUCCCACCGUUCACAUCAUUCACCAUGUCUACCUUACUCCCCCGGGUCCCUCUGGACCUUUAUUCAUCAUGCACCAUGGGGCCGGCUCCUCCGGCCUCUCCUUUGCAGCCUGCGCCACUGAGAUGCGGAAGAUCCUCCCAAACGCGGGGAUCCUCUCCAUCGACGCUCGAGACCACGGCCAAACGGCCGUGAAGGCGGCUCCUCCGACGCAGGUGGACCAAGUUGAGCUGGACCUGACGCUGUCGACGCUCAGCCAGGAUCUCGUAUUUGUAGUGCGCGAGACCCAGUCGCGCAUGAACUGGGAUAGUCUCCCGGAUAUAGUCCUCGUAGGGCACAGUUUAGGCGGAGCCGUGAUCACCGAUGUGGCCAGGACGGGAGAGCUGGGGAGUAAGGUGUUGGCGUAUGCGGUCUUGGAUGUAGUAGAGGGCUCGGCAAUAGACGCUCUCCAAAGCAUGGAGAAAUACCUAUCGACGCGGCCUUCGCGAUUUCCGUCCAUGACUUCAGGCAUUGAAUGGCACACUCGCUCGCGCACAAUCCGAAACCGAACCUCGGCCAGAGUCUCCGUGCCCUCACUACUAUACGAACAGACCACCCCCGACGACUCCUCGAAACCAUGGGUCUGGCGCACGAAUCUCGCCCGAACGAAACCCUUCUGGGAGAACUGGUUUGUCGGACUAAGCCGGAAGUUCCUUGAGGCUCGCGGCGGCAAAUUACUACUACUAGCCGGGACAGAUCGAUUAGACAAGGAGUUGAUUAUUGGGCAAAUGCAAGGAAAAUAUCAACUUCAGGUCUUCCCUGAAGCAGGCCAUUUCAUCCAGGAGGACCAGCCGGUGAAAACAGCUCAGGUCCUGGUGGAUUUCUACAAGCGCAAUGACCGGAGUGCGCUGGUGCUUCCGCCCAAGGUGGCCGAUCUACAAGCCUCAGCGGCGAUGAAGAAAGGCGCUGGCGAGACUAGCCCGGGUUCAUGGAAGACGUAG